AAGAAGAAGAAGAAGAAGGAAGGAAGGAAGGAAGGAAGGAAGGAAGAAGAGGGGGAAGUUAUGAUGGCAAUGGAGGGCAAUAGCAACGGCGAGGAAUUCGCCGUGGGAUGCAUCCUGUCUAUCAAAACUACGCUGGGAGAUGAAUUCGAAGGCCAAGUUAUCGCCUUUGAUCGUCCUUCUAACAUCCUCGUCCUUCAAGAGGGUAUCAAAGUGGCGGCAGCUGGACCUAAGAGAAACAUACGGCUACUCAAAGCCAAUUACAUUAAGGAUUUCUCCUAUCUAGGUCAAGGCGAGGAUCCUCUUGAUGCCACCAAAUGUUACUUUGAUCUCAACGCUCUACAAGCCCGUGAACAAUCUGCUGUUAGGCAGGCAGAAAUAGAUUCAGAGAGGAUUGGAGUGGGUGUAACUCCUCAAGCCCAAAACCUAUUCGAUGCAUUGUUUAAGACGCUUCCAGUGCGCUGGGAUAAGACUGUUAUAGUAGUGAUGAAUGAAGUCCGUGUUAGCAGUCCAUACCUCCCUGAAUCUGUUUCUGGAGGAACUGCAGCUGCCAAUGAUCGAGUAAGGAAAGUGCUUGAAUUGGAAAGGAAGAGAUUACAAUCACGAAGUGGUAGUCAUUGAUGAUUUCAACCCUAUGAUUGUAGAAUUGAUGUGAACAAGUGUCUCGAGGUGGAUUUCUACAAUCUGAUUUAUCUGUGAACACAAUUUCAAAAUUGGGCUGAAUGUAUUAUCGAUGUUUAUGGUGCAUGAUUUUCUGGUUUGAUUCAGUAAGGUAAAAAGAUAUUUCCUGUCUUAACCACUAACAAUGUUGUUUUUUGUUGAAUGGAAACACAUACUUUGUGGUGGAAAUUGUUAAGGUAAUUGGGUGUUCUUUAUUUAUUUGGUUUUGUCAUUGCAAAUAGAUUUCUACUCUCUGCAUUAAGUGCUGGGAACAGUACUGUUUCAUAUGUUGGUUUCCAAAUGCUAGUCUUUGUUUGAUCUUUC